UUGGGGUGUGAAUUGUUUAACGUCCCACUCAACCGCAAUUUUCCAAUUGGGUGUGACACCUCUUAAAAUUGUGUUCUCACCUUACCUUGUGCUGAGCCUCAAAUGGUACAGUACAUGGGGCUUUCAUUCAACCCUCUUACCAACACCAAUACUAAGACACAGUCAUGCAUUUUGUCAUUCCAUUUCUUACCAAAACAGCACUUCUCUCUGUUUUUCCUUCUGCACAUGCAUUAAACAAGUCUCUCAGUGUAACUAGAAAUAUAUUGCUACAGGAUUGUCACUCACCACCACUAUGGAAAUCUGUCCUGUCAUCAGUGAUGUGAGAGUGGGGGGAGACAGUUAGGGGGGUCUGUGGGAGGAAACCAGAUUGUGAUGCUGUCUGAGUGUAGGAAAGUAUUUGUGUAUGGCAUGUGUCUCUCUGCGUAUGAGUGUGUGGUGUUGGUGGGCUUAAAAAGAGCUCCAGUUCUGGUGAAAGUCACACAUCUGCAAACUCUCAGAGUGAACGAUUCAGACAGAAUGAUGGGCCUCCUCUCUCUCCUGCUCCUCUUCAGCACAACUCUACUGAUGUCCACUUCUUCUUCUCAUGCCAGUGGAGCAGUAACUAUGUGCUGUAUGGAGAUUAAAGGCACUAUGGUGCGUCGUGACCUGAUCAAACGCUACUACAUGCAAGACACAGCCAUGUGUAACAUCAAGGCAGUGACGUUUGUCACAGUGAAAGGCAUACGAAUCUGCUCUGACCCUUCCAACCCCUGGGCAAAGAAAACCAUGCAGUACCUGGACAAUAAGAACAAGCCUCACACACUGAAAAAAUAUCAGAUCACAUCAACUACCACCUCUACGACCACCACCGCACAACCAGCAAAAUACAGCCCUCACAAAACAACAUUUUCAGCUCACAACCCCAAAAUUGCAUCUCAAUGGCCAACAACUCUCACCAGAAGACAAUGAAGAACAUAGAAUGUUCCAGUUACCUCAUAGUAAAUCAGAAUAUUGACUUUGAAUAUUUGAACAUUCUCAAAAUGCUGUGUUUAUAACAUUGUUUUUUUUUAAAUGUUAUUUUUACAAUGUACAAUAUUUAUGUCACUUUAAUGAAUAUCUGGUCACAAUUUAUUUGGAUAGUCCGGAUAGUCCAUCUGUAGAUGUUUAAGAUGGACAUACUAUCAACAAACAAUCUUUUGAUAAGCAAGUGCUUGCUAAGGUGACGGUUAGGGUAAUGGUUAGGUUUAGAAUAAAGGUCAGGGUAAGGGUUAAGGUUAGGGUUAAGUUUAGGGUUAAAUAAGGUUAAGGUUAGUAAAUAGCUAUGUGAAAUGUUGAUGAUAGUCUGUAGAUAUAGAGCAUCUACAGAUGGACUAUCCAAAUAAAGUGUUACCGAGUAUCUUAAUAUAUUUAUAAAUGAAUCAAUUAAAUUCACUUCCAUGGUGAAUUUAAUGAUUGUGAUUGUGUUAACUUGCUGACUAUUUGCCAGUAUGCCUGAAUAAUGUAUGUUUCCUUAUAAGGGUUGAUUUGUCGUCCAUCUGGUGAUGGAUCUUGUGUAAAAUGGAUGACAAACAUCACCCAGAUGGUUGCCAGACGUUAGUAAGGGAUGUGCACUGUACAAUAUCAUGUUAUGUCCUUUAAUACUCUUUGUGAAAUUAAAGCGAAGUAAAUACAA